UUUGUAUCAUAUUCAUUAUUCAUGACGUGAUCGCCUUGAAACUGAAUUAUAGAAAAUAAUUUUUGUUUUCAGCAAAUAGAUGUUGGAUUGACUAUACCAUUUUUACAAGAGAUUUGUUUUUCAAUUAGUAGAAAGAUGUCUGGAGGUCAUAAACAUCGUUACAAGAAUGUAGGCUUGAGUGCUGAUGAGUUGCGUCGUCGUCGAGAAGAGGAAGGAGUGCAGUUGCGCAAGCAGAAAAGAGAGCAACAAUUAUUUAAAAGAAGAAACGUAAAUCUACCAGCACCUAAUGCUCCUGACAUUGCUUUGCAGGAUGAUAUUAACAUUUCAACAUCUGAUGACAUCACACCACAGAUGGUGGCUGCACUAUAUAGUGAUAACCAACAGGAACAAAUUGUAGCCACCCAGAAAUUUAGAAAGCUUCUAAGUCGGGAACCUAAUCCACCUAUAGAUGAAGUGAUACAGACUGGAAUAGUUCCUAAAUUUGUUGAAUUUUUAACUAAUAGUUCUAAUCCAACAUUGCAGUUUGAGGCAGCAUGGGCGUUGACGAACAUAGCAUCUGGCACGUCGGAGCAAACACGCGUGGUGGUGGAGAGUGGCGCGGUUGGCGCACUGGUGUCGCUAGUGGGCGGCGGCGCGGGCGACGACGUGCGCGAGCAGGCGGUGUGGGCGCUGGGAAAUGUCGCCGGUGACUCGCCGCGCUGCCGGGAUGCCGUUCUCGCCGCUGGCGUACUACCCCCACUUAUAGAAAUUUUAAAUAAAUAUACAAGGUUAUCCAUGACAAGGAAUGCCGUGUGGACACUCUCAAAUCUUUGUAGAGGCAAAAAUCCUCCCACAAACUUUGAAGCCGUAGCUCCAGGUAUCCCGGUACUGGCACGGCUAUUACACCACACGGACGCAGACGUACUGAGUGACGCGUGCUGGGCGCUCUCCUACCUUUCUGAUGGGCCCAAUGAGAAGAUACAAGCUGUCAUCGACGCCGGCGUCUGCAGGCGACUCGUCGAGCUACUCAUGCACAACAAAUCGACCGUGGUGUCGGCGGCGCUGCGUGCGGUGGGCAACAUUGUGACAGGGCACGACGCGCAGACACAGGCGGUACUGAACUGCAACCCGCUGCCUAGUCUGCACGCCCUGCUGCGCUCCAACACGGAGGCGCUGCGCAAGGAGGCCUGCUGGACCCUCUCCAACAUCACUGCUGGCAAUGCUGUGCAAAUACAGGCAGUAAUCGAUGCGAAUAUUGUUCCGACGCUUAUCGAGAUCUUGAGGCAGGCGGAGUUCAAAACGAGGAAAGAGGCCGCGUGGGCGAUUACCAAUGCUACCAGUGGAGGCACUAGGGACCAAAUUAGGUAUUUAGUGGAACAAGGUUGUAUACCACCUCUCUGUGAUUUGCUAACUUUAACGGAUUCAAAGACUGUUCAAGUAGCGCUCAAUGGACUUGACAAUAUACUGAAAGCGGGACAGCAGGCAGAUCAGUUGAACCCAUACGCCACUCUCAUCGAAGAAUGUUUUGGUUUAGACAAAAUAGAAUUUCUGCAAUCGCACGAGAAUCUCGACAUCUACCAAAAGUCAUUCGAGAUAAUCGAGAACUACUUCGGGUCGGAGAGCGAGGAUGGCCGCGUGGCGCCCGUCUCCUCCUCCGGGCAGUACCACUUCGCGGGGGACCAAGCCGUGCCCAUGGGCGGCUUCCACUUCUAAUCUACUAAAUAUAAAUAUGACCAAUGAUAUAACCAUGAGUGGAUAGAUGCCCCUAUUGACUCCGGCGAUGUAAUCAAAGCGGGAGUGUGUUUGUAUGUAGUGGUGCAGUAGGCAGCGGGGGUCGGGGCGGGGCGGGGCGGUGACGUAGUCUCGGACAAGCCAGGCUCGGUCCGGACGCCGCUGUUUGUAGCCUAGAUUUUAUUUAUCGCUAAUAAUUAACCUCGCCUCGUUUUACUUUUACUUUUGCUUAUGUAGAUAAAGGCUAUAUACAUGUAAACCAUGAGAUUUUAUGUGUAUUAUACAAAUUGGUGAUAUAAAAAGUGAAAAUGUAAACACUUUAUGGAAUGAUUUGCUCACUACAAUGUUGAUUAACGCAAUGUUUUAAGCAUUAUUUUUUUUUAUUCUUUAAAAUUGUUUAUAUGACAGUAUUAUUAUGUAAAACAUAA